AUGAGGCUGGAGGCUGCAGCCAGGAUGGAUCUGUUUAGGAAGCUGUGGAGGGCGAGGAAUCUGAUCGUGGUGAUUUUCAUCCCACUCUCCCUCUUGCCACUUCCUCUCGUCCACCCCACCAGCGAAGCAUGUUGCGCAUACGUGCUAAUAGUGACAGCAGUUUACUGGGUGUCCGAGGCUGUCCCCUUGGGUGCCGCCGCCCUCGUCCCCGCCUUCCUUUACCCGCUCUUUGGGGUACUCAAGUCAAGUGAGGUGGCGGCCGAGUACUCCAAAGAUACCACGUUGCUGCUGAUGGGAGUCAUAUGUCUGGCCGCGUCCAUAGAAAAGUGGAACCUGCACAAGCGCAUCGCCCUGCGCAUGGUGAUGAUCGCUGGGGCCAAACCUGGCAUGUUGGUAUUGGGCUUCAUGUUCUGCACCGUCUUUCUAUCCAUGUGGCUUAGCAACACGUCCACCACAGCCAUGGUGAUGCCCAUUGCCGAAGCCGUGCUGCAGCAGCUCAUCUGCACGGGCAUGGCCGACAACCUGGAGCCCGACGCCGCCGAGGACGACACGUCCGAUAAAGAAGAAAAUCUGGACAAGAACCAACUGGCGCUGCUCUACCGUAAUGACAGGUGUUGUUUUUGUUCAAGCUUCAGACUGUAACUGAAUUUUGAGCUGUCUAAUACCUCCAAAGGCUUGGGUGCAAAUCCAAAUACCAACCAAGAGUGCAUCACGCAUACAAACGGACAUUUACCGCAAGUGGCCAUCGAAAUCCCAAACGUGAAGCGUGUUAAGGCCCGGCGAGAUUCCCAGUAUCCCACCAAGCGGGACCACAUGAUCUGUAAAUGUCUAACCCUCAGCAUCACCUACGCCGCAACAAUCGGCGGGCUCAUCACCAUCACCGGCACCUCAACCAACUUGAUAUUCGCCGAGCAGUUUAACACGCGCUACCCAGACGCCAAAGUCAUCAACUUCGGGACGUGGUUCAUCUUCAGCUUCCCUAUCGCCAUUAUCAUGCUGGUUCUCACGUGGUUGUGGCUGCACUUCCUGUUCCUGGGCUGCAAUUUCAGGGAAACGUGCUCGCUGAGUAAGAAACGCAAGACCAAGAGGGAGAUGAUGUCGGAGAAGAGAAUACAUGAGGAAUAUGAGAAACUUGGGCCUAUCAGCUACCCAGAAGUUGUCACUGGCAUUUUCUUCAUCCUUAUGACUCUGCUGUGGUUCACCAGAGAACCCGGUUUUGUCCCUGGUUGGACCUCGCUUUUUGAGAAAAAAGGUUAUCGGACUGACGCGACGGUGUCCGUACUUCUGGGUUUCUUGCUUUUCCUCAUUCCUGCGAAACGACCAUUUUCACCAUCUUCCAGCUACAAAGAUCCAGGUACAUCUGAUCCACUCGCUCCCAUGAUUACCUGGAAGGACUUCCAGCGUCUCAUGCCGUGGGAAAUUGUCAUCCUGGUUGGUGGAGGUUACGCGUUGGCGGCUGGUUGCAAGGUGUCGGGCCUGUCCGUGUGGAUCGGCCGGCAGCUGGAGCCCAUGAGCGGCCUCCCGCCGUGGGCCGUCACCCUGCUGGCCUGCCUGCUGGUGUCGGCGGUCACAGAGUUCGCCUCCAACCCGGCCACACUGACAGUCUUCCUACCCAUCCUCUCCGCGCUGUCUGAGACCUUGCACAUCAACCCGCUCCACACUUUAAUCCCCUCCACUAUGUGCGUGUCAUUCGGGGUCAUGCUUCCAGUGGGGAACCCCCCCAAUGCGAUCGUCUUCAGCUACGGACACCUGCAGAUCAGCGACAUGGUGAAAGCAGGUUUCGGGGUGAACCUGAUCGGUGUGGCUGUGGUGAUGUUGGCCAUCACCACGUGGGGGGUUCCUCUCUUUAAUUUGACAGAGUUCCCUGCAUGGGCGGUGGCGGCAAAUUCCACUGGCAGCUUAUAG